UGAGGGGCUAAAUGGGAGCCCUGAGGGGGCAAACCUGGGCCCUGAGGGCAUAAAAGGAGCCCUGAGGGGUAAACAUGGGCCUUGAGGGGUAAAUCUAGUCUGCAAGGGGGUAAAUCUGGGCCCUGGAAAGUAAAUCUGGGCCCUGAGGGGGCAAAUCUGGGCCCUGCAGCGGGAGAAAGGAGCCCUGAGGGGUAAAUCCAGGCUCCAAAAAUGUAAAUCUGGUCCCUGAGGGGGCAAAUCUGCGCCCUGCAAGGGGUAAAAGAAGCCUUGGGGGUUAAAUCUGGGCUCCAAGGGGGUAAAUCUGGGCCCUGAGUGAAUAAAAGGUGUAAAUCUGGGCCUUGAGGGGAUAAAUGGGGUAAAUCUGGCCCCCGAGGGGGUAAAUCUGGGCCCUGAGGGGUAAAUCUGGCCCCCGAGGGGGUAAAUCUGGCCCCUGAGGGGGUAAAUCUGGGCUCCAAGGGAGUAAAUCUGGCCCCUGAGGGGGUAAAUCUGGGCUCCAAGGGGGUAAAUCUGGGCUCCAAGGGAGUAAAUCUGGCCCCUGAGGGGGUAAAUCUGGGCUCCAAGGGGGUAAAUCUGGCCCCUGAGGGGGUAAAUCUGGGCCCCGAGGGGGUAAAUCUGGGCUCUGGGAGGUCGGCAGGGGUCCGGGGGGUGGCCGGAGCAGGUGCCCAGGUCCCUCCCAUCGCCCUGGGCCGUCUGGGUCCCUUGUGGGUGUGGGAGUGGCGGUGACGUCGGUGCCAACGUCCCCAAAGGGCACAGGGAGGAUGUCCUCUCCACCGCUGUCCGUGGCGGUGGCCUCAGCCACCGAGGCCUCGGGGCGAGCGCUACAGGCGCUGACGAGGCUGGCGGAGGCGUUGGGGACACCGGAGACGGUGCCGGCGGUGCUGGAGGAGGUGAAGAUGGUGCUGGCGGAGGUGGAAACGGCGCUGGCGAGGCUGAACGCGGCGCUGGUGGCGGCGCUGGAGGUGGCGGCGGUGACAGAGAUGCCACCAGGGCUGAAUGUUGAAGGGCUUUACCGGGCACUGGGGGCGGCCGCCGAUGCCAACGCUUCCGAACUGGAACGGGAGCUGAGCCAGAACCGCCGGCGCCGCAGAGGUCUGUGGGUGACCCGGAGCGUUGCCUUCGUCCUGAUGCUUGUCUGUGCCCCGUUGCUGUCCCUGGACGUGGUGCGGGAGGCGCUGGGGGUGACCCAGGAGUGUCACCUGGUCCCCUGCCUGGCCACCGUCACCCUGGUCUGCCAGGUGGCCCUGUGGGGCGCGGGGACAUCGCAGCGUCACCUGGCCACCGCCGCCAGCCACCAGCGCCAACAGGCCACCCGCUACCCGCCGCCUGGCCUGGGACACCGCCGCCGCCACCGCUGCCACCGGCCAGGCCACCCAGGCCAUCGCCGCGGCCCGCGUCACCUUGGGGACGUCGGAGGAGGUGGCCGCUCACCUGAAGAGCCUGGUGGACUCCGUCACCGAAGACCUGGAGAUGGCCCGAGGUUUCCCUACCAGCGCCCGCGCCCUGGGGGACAUCGUGGUGGCCUUGGGGACAGCGAUGGAGGACAAGGAGGGGACGCAGAGGUUGGCCCGGGUGCUGGAGGCUCUGCCAGGGGACGAGUAGGGACAGGGACACCGCGAGGGUCCUGCUGGGGACAUCCCAAUGUUCCUUCUCCAUCCUGGGGCCACCGGGACGUCCCCUGUCCCAUCUGGGGCCACCGGGAUGUCCCCUGUCCCAUCUGGGGACACCAGGAGGUUCCUCCUUGUUCUGGGGCCACCGGGAUGUCCCCUGUCCCAUCUGGGGCCACCAGGACGUCCCCUGUCCCAUCUGGGGACACCAGGAGAUCCCCUGUCCCAUCUGGGGACACCCGGAUGUCCCCUGUCCCAUCUGGGGCCACCAGGAGGUUCCUCCUUGUUCUGGGGCCACCAGGAUAUCCCCUGUCCCAUCUGGGGACACCGGGAUGUCCCCUGUCCCAUCUGGGGCCACCAGGAGGUUCCUCCUUGUUCUGGGGACACCAGGAUGUCCCCUGUCCCAUCUGGGGCCACCAGGAGGUUCCUCCUUGUUCUGGGGCCACCAGGAUGUCCCCUGUCCCAUCUGGGGACACCAGAAAGGUCUUCUUCAUCCUAGGGACUCUCUGGUGUCCCCUGUCCCAUCUGGGGCCACCAGGAGGUUCCUCCUUGUUCUGGGGACACCCGGAUGUCCCCUGUCCCAUCUGGGGACACCAGGAGGUUCCUCCUUGUUCUGGGGCCACCGGGAUGUCCCCUGUCCCAUCUGGGGACACCAGAAGAUCCCCUGUCCCAUCUGGGGCCACCAGAAAGGUCUUCUUCAUCCUAGGGACUCUCUGGUGUCCCCUGUCCCAUCUGGGGCCACCAGGAUGUCCCCUGUCCCAUCUGGGGCCACCAGGACGUCCCCUGUCCCAUCUGGGGACACCAGGAGAUCCCCUGUCCCAUCUGGGGACACCCGGAUGUCCCCUGUCCCAUCUGGGGCCACCAGGAGGUUCCUCCUUGUUCUGGGGCCACCAGGAUGUCCCCUGUCCCAUCUGGGGCCACCAGGAGGUUCCUCCUUGUUCUGGGGCCACCAGGAUGUCCCCUGUCCCAUCUGGGGACACCAGGAGAUCCCCUGUCCCAUCUGGGGACACCGGGAUGUCCCCUGUCCCAUCUGGGGACACCAGGAGGUUCCUCCUUGUUCUGGGGCCACCGGGAUGUCCCCUGUCCCAUCUGGGGACACCGGGAUGUCCCCUGUCCCAUCUGGGGCCACCAGGAGGUUCCUCCUUGUUCUGGGGCCACCGGGAUGUCCCCUGUCCCAUCUGGGGCCACCAGGAGGUUCCUCCUUGUUCUGGGGCCACCAGGACGUCCCCUGUCCCAUCUGAGGACACCCAGAUGUCCCUCUCCCACCUGGGGACACCCAGAGUGUCCCCUUCACCUUGGGGACACCAGGAUGUCCCUUCUCAUCCCUUCACCUGGGGACAUUGAGGAUGUCCCCUUCGUGGUCCCAGGACACCAGGGGCAGGUUGGUGACACUGUCCCCUGUCCCCACAAUAAACCUGAGGAACAUGCCGA